ACGGGUGCUUGUCCAAUCCCUGCUUUCCUGGAGCCCAGUGCAACAGCUUCCCUGAYGGCUCCUGGUCCUGCGGCUCCUGUCCAGUGGGCUUCCUGGGCAAUGGCACCCACUGUGAGGACCUGGAUGAGUGCGCUGUGGUUGCGGACAUCUGUUUCUCCACCAACAAAGUCUCCCGCUGCGUCAACAGCGAGCCGGGCUUCCACUGCCUGCCCUGUCCCCCGCGCUACAAGGGGAACCAGCCUUUCGGGGUCGGCCUGGAGGCCGCCAGGACAGAGAAGCAGGUGUGCGAGCCGGAGAACCCCUGCAAGGACAAGACGCACAACUGCCACAGGCACGCAGACUGCAUCUACCUGGGCCACUUCAGUGACCCCAUGUUCAAGUGCGAGUGCCAGACAGGCUACGCGGGCGACGGGCUCAUCUGCGGGGAGGACUCGGACCUGGACGGCUGGCCCAACAGCAGCCUGCUCUGUGCCACCAACGCCACCUACCACUGUGUCAAGGACAACUGCCCCCAGCUGCCCAACUCUGGACAGGAGGACUUCGACAAGGACGGAGUGGGUGAUGCCUGCGAUGAGGAUGAUGACAACGAUGGCGUGAGCGACGAGAAGGACAAUUGCCCCCUACUCUUCAAUCCCCGGCAGUCCGACUAUGACAAGGAUGAAGUCGGGGACCGCUGUGAUAACUGCCCUUACGUGCACAACUCUGCGCAGAUCGACACCGACAGCAAUGGCGAGGGGGACGCCUGCUCUGUGGACAUCGAUGGCGAUGACGUCUUCAACGAGCGGGACAACUGUCCCUACGUCUACAACACCGACCAGAGAGACACGGACGGGGAUGGAGUGGGGGACCACUGUGACAACUGCCCACUGAUGCACAACCCCGACCAGAYGGAUGUGGACAAUGACCUGGUGGGAGACGAGUGUGACAACAACGAGGACAUCGACGAUGACGGCCACCAGAACAACCAGGACAACUGCCCCUACAUCUCCAACGCCAACCAGGCUGACCACGACAGCGACGGCCAAGGGGACGCCUGCGACUCGGACGACGACAACGACGGAGUCCCCGAUGACAGGGACAACUGCCGGCUGGUGUUCAACCCGCAGCAGGAGGACUCGGAUGGUGAUGGGCGAGGUGAUAUCUGUAAAGAUGAUUUUGACAAUGACAAAGUCCCUGACAUCGAUGAUGUGUGUCCUGAAAACUACGCCAUCAGCGAGACAGACUUCAGGAACUUCCAGAUGGUCCCCUUGGACCCCAAGGGAACCACCCAGAUUGACCCCAACUGGGUCAUCCGUCACCAAGGAAAGGAGCUGGUCCAGACGGCUAACUCAGACCCCGGCAUCGCUGUAGGCUUCGACGAGUUCGGGUCCGUGGACUUCAGCGGCACGUUCUACGUCAACACGGACAGGGAUGACGACUACGCGGGCUUCGUCUUCGGCUACCAGUCGAGCAGCCGCUUCUACGUGGUGAUGUGGAAGCAGGUCACCCAGACCUACUGGGAGGACCAGCCCAGUCGGGCCUACGGCUACUCUGGGGUGUCCCUCAAGGUGGUCAACUCCACCACGGGCACAGGCGAGCACCUGCGCAAUGCUCUGUGGCACACAGGAAACACGGAGGGGCAGGUCCGCACCCUGUGGCAUGACCCCAAAAACAUCGGCUGGAAAGACUACACGGCCUACCGGUGGCACCUGACCCACCGGCCCAGGACAGGCUACAUGAGAGUCCUAGUGCAUGAGGGGAAACAGGUCAUGGCGGAUUCAGGACCAAUCUAUGACCAAACCUAUGCUGGCGGACGGCUGGGUCUGUUUGUGUUCUCUCAAGAGAUGGUCUACUUCUCGGACCUCAAGUACGAAUGCAGAGAUGGCUAGGCGAGACGGCCACUCCCAGCCACAGCUGCGAAUGCUGUUCCCCAGACACCUCGGCCCAUCCAGACACCUGCAGCUUCUCUCUCUUUAGCGGCACUUCCUGUUCUCCGACCCUAACUGGCUGGUUCUUCACCUUGUGCAUCGACCCCAAGUCCACGUGCCUCCAGAGGACAAACGUCGAGGGACCCCAGAGCCGAACAUCUGACCCGGUGCAGGCGAGCGGCAGGACCGUUGGGACUCCGCAGAGUGGAUCUUGAGCAGACUCGUUGCCUUUUCUUGUUUGUUAAGAAUGRCGUUUACGUGGGAAACGUGCUUACUGUAUUUAUGUGCAUAUGGAGCUGAAGGGUUACUGUGCACAGGUCGUUAACAUAAAUUAAGCAUGAAAAGUCCUGCUCCACCAUGCCCAGUGCUGACGUUUCUUGGGUUAGUGCUGUCCACUGACACACCCAACCCUGAGGUCCACCAGGAGGGUCAGGUAGGUGUGUGGGCAGUCCCAUGAGGCAGAGAUCAGCAGAUGCUUGUCACACAGCUGUGGCCAGCAUCGAGUGAUGCAAGGUGCCGAGCACCUAUGGAAAACUGCUCCAAAAGUCGACAGGUACCCCCCAGCCCACAGUGGACAACCUCACACUUGGUGGGACACCAAGAGGGACUGCCUCUGAGCAAUGGGCCUCCCCUGGCUCUGUCUGGGGCCUGGUAGAGUCUCCCUGGGGUGGAAGUUCAGCAGAGCAAGUGCCUCUGCUUAGCCGCUGGUCCUGCGGCAGUGUGGUGAGUGUCCUGGCCAGCGUCACUGGGGCUGCUGUCUGCACAGGGCUGCUGCUUGGCUCUGCCUGGUCUCUGCUCCUGGGGAAGAGACAAGCAGGCAAGCCAGCCAGUGCACGUGGUGCCCGAUUCAUGUUCUAGGUUUUGGAAACUGGGAAAGUCGCUUUUACCUAAUUCUGGGAACACAUUGCAUUAAGGUUUCAGCUGUAAGUGUUUGGCUAAUAUUUAUUAAGUGAAUAAAGAAUGCACUCCAGCUGCCAAUAACUUAUUUCAAACAUUCCGACUAACAUGUAUGUAGCAUGAUUUCAAGAAAUAAACACGUCACAAGGACAUAAUAAUAUAAAGACACAGUUACAGCCAAAUACCUGCUGUCUAAAUUUGAGGCUUUGUACUGUUACUGCGCCAUGUUAAGGCACCAUGUGAAAGGCACCGGGUUAACAGGUAGCUUGCGUAACUGGUAAGGGGACCUUAGUAUAUACUGCUACCAGUGACUUUCAAUUCAACAUUUUUUGCUGUUACCUACCUGCUGUACACUGAACUUUUUUAUUUGGAUGCUGAAGAAAAUUCAGCAAGGGGUCUUGCCAGACACACGCAGCCAUCCGCCACACAGUAAUGGACAUGUCUGCUUCGUCCUUGCUUUGAGCAGCAGGGUCUCUGCACGAACUGGCCAUGCCCACUCCUCCCCAGGGUGCGUGGAGAGCUCUCUGGCUGGCUGGCACAGGGCAGGGCCUCCCGUCUGUCCGUGUGGUUGCUUGUAUGUGUCUAAUGGGGGAACCCACUCUGUCUCCGCUAACACACUUCACGUUGAUGCGGUAUGUCGUUGCUUACUGCAAGGUGACAGCUCUGUCUGCUGCACUUCUGCUUGUGUGGAUCUAAGUUCCUAGAACCUCGAGGGCUGGGGCACUUCAUCAAAUGUGACGCUGAGCAGAGUGUGUGCAGGCCUCUGGGGGCUGGCAGGUGGCAAGAGGGUGCAGGAUGAGGAUGUGAACACCCAGAAUGUACUAUAUGAUUUGUAAAUUAUUUAUGUCUUUUUUAAAAAACAAGCUUCUCAUAUAGGUUAAUGAAAAUAUUUGUUUUGCAAAGAUUGUAAAUAUUUAUUUAUUUGUUCACAUGAUCAAAAUUUCACCACUGAAACCCUGCAUUUAGUUAGAGCCUCAUUUUUAUACUUCAAAGAUCAACA